AUGGCAGCAAUGAUCACCAUCGACUUUUUAAAUUGCUUCAUCUUGAUCUUCCUAUGCUUCUUUUCGCUCUUUUGUUACUCUCUCUUCUUCAAGAAACCAAAAGAUGGCUUUGAUUUGCCUCCGAGCCCUCCGUCUCUGCCGAUCAUAGGGCAUCUUCACCUUCUCCUUUCUGUUCUACCACACAAGGCUUUUCAAAAGAUCUCAUCGAGGUACGGACCUCUCCUCCACCUCCGUAUAUUCAAAGUCCCCUUUGUCCUCGCCUCCUCGGCUUCUGUGGCCUAUGAGCUCCUCAGGACCCACGACGUGAAUGUCUCAUCACGUGGUUUCAAUACACUAGAAAAUUGUCUCUUUAUCGGACAUGAAACAUUCGUAGGCGCUGACUUCGGAGAUUAUUACAAGUUCAUGAAGAAGGUCUUGGUCAUGAAUCUGUUUGGAACUCAGGCACUGGAGCGAUCACGAGGCAUCCGUGCAGAUGAGCUAGAGCGGUUUUACGCGAGGCUGAUGGACAAGGCGAGACAUAAGGAGAAUGUUGAGAUCGGAAAGGAAGCAAUGGUGCUCACUAACAACAUAAUCUCCAAGUUACUCAUUGGGAGGAGUUGUUCUGAGAAGAACGGUGAGGCAGAGAAGGUCAGGGAGUCAGUGACUAAAACAAUUGGUUUGACAAAGAAACUUUUCUUUUCAAACAUGUUAGGUAAGCUGCUUAAGAAGCUUGGCAUCUCACUCUUCGCAAAGGAGAUUCGAGAUGUCUCCAACGGAUUCGAUGAGCUGCUAGAGAGGCUUCUUCGGGACCACGAAGAGAAACGUCAAGAUACAUAUAUUAUGGACAUUUUAUUGGCAGCUUCUAGAGAUGAAAAUGCGGACUAUAAGAUCACUAGAAACCACAUCAAGUUGUUAAUCGUGGAGCUAUUCCUUGCAGGCAGUGACAGUGCUGCGAAGUUAAUGCAGUGGGCGAUGGCUGAGAUCAUCAAGAAACCAAUUAUUUUCGAGAGGUUGAGGCAAGAAAUGGAUUCCGUGGUAGGGAAGACAAGGCUGAUUCAAGAAACGGAUCUACCAAGACUUCCUUAUUUGCAAGCGGUGGUUAAGGAAACACUAAGACUUCACCCACCAGUGCCUCUUGCAUUAAGGAUGUUUGAAGAAGAAUGUAAGGUUGGAAGCUUUCACAUACCGGAGAAGAUAACACUUAUUUUAAAUGUAUACGCUGUUAUGAGAGAUCCUAAUUUCUGGCAAGAUCCUGAUGAGUUUAAGCCAGAGAGGUUUAUUGCUUCUUCAAGUUCUGAGCAAGAAGAAGAAAGAGAGAAAGUCCUUAAGUUCCUUCCUUUUGGAAGUGGAAGGAGAGGCUGUCCUGGAGAAAAUCUUGGAUAUAUCUUCGUGGAAACUGAAGUUGGAAUGAUGGCGCAGUGCUUUGACUGGAGAAUCAAUGGAGAUAAAACUGUUAACAUGGAAGAAACUCUUGAAGGAUUGUCCUUGACCAUGGCUCAUCCCCUAAUCUGCACUCCCCUAUAG